GAUCUUGCGUGUUAUAAGCGUGUUUGAAAAUGAAAGUAUUUUUGGGGUUUUGUUUGGUUUUCUGCCUAGCAGUGAGCCAUGUUAAUGCCAAUUGUUCGGCUGAUUGUCCCGAUACCGAGGACGUUGUUUGGGCUUUGGACGGAACAUGUUUGGUUUUCCGCAAUAAAUGUUACUUUGAUAAGGAGAACUGCGAGCGCAUGCCUCCCAUGUAUAUUGUUUCCAAGGAGGAGUGUCAGAAAAAAUGUGCUGAUACUUGUACAACAAUUCAUCAGCCAGUUACGGGCACAUACAAUGGGGAAGUGAAGCAUUUUGGUAAUCCAUGCUUAAAGAGUUUACAUUCCUGCAGAACUGGCGAAACAUUUGUGGACUAAGGAAAAUAAAUACUUAUAUAUUUGUGAAAUAAAAGAAAAUAAUAAAAGAUGCAGGAAUCUUACAUUUGAGAUCUCA